GAAGACUCAAGAUGACCAAGCUGGUGGCUGCUUUACUGGGGGAAUCCGUGCGAGAUUCUUUCUCGACAUUAUGACAGAGCAAUGCAAGAGGAUGGUCAAAAGAAGAAGAAUCACGACUUCGGAGUGCAGAUGAUGCAAUUUCGGCCUUUCUUAUCUUUUCUCUCCACGUCCUCUUUCCCUCUCUUUCUUCCUGGAAUUGAGGAUGACACGGAACCGCCUGUCCCUCUUGGUUCGAUCAUUCUCUCUGCCUGUCUGCCAGGACAAGGCACAUUCGACCAUUGCGGGUGACAAUGACUGCUUCUCCUGCAGCGUCAAUCAAGGCCGAUGAAUCGACUCCUCUAAGGGUGGGUCGGAAUAUGCCAUCUUCCGUGAGAAAGUUGCCGUCUUAUCAAGCCUUUGACGCGCAGUCUUCGACGACGUUCUCGUCGACCAAAAUGACAGACGACAUAACCGAGGAUGAAGAGACGGCCCUUAUAUCUCCAGACUUGGUGGGUGUAUCCCAUCAGGAUGCAGACCUCCUGAAAGGAGGCAUCAAGGGUGUCAUCUCGGUCUUGCUACUUGGCGAAUUCAUGGCCAAUGCAGAUACUACUAUUGUCUUUGCUUCAGCGGGGAAGAUUUCUUCCGAAUUUGCCAGUCUUGAAGAUGCAAACUGGCUCUCAACUUCAUAUUCCCUUGGUGUUUGUCUGGCCCAGCCCGUGGUAAGCACAAUCCAUGCUGGGAUUUCUUCGGAACUGAGGGCUCACGGCGGUACCUAAAUCGAUCCCUAUGUGUGUGCAGUAUGGAAAGCUCAGCGAUAUUUAUGGCCGAAAGCCUGUCCUGUUGAUGGCGUACUUUCUUUUCAGCGUGGGAUGUGUUAUUGGGUAUGCUGCGUAUUCAAUGAAACCGGUGUUUCACUUUCUGGACAUUGCUGAGCAACACAACAGUGCCUUUGCCAGGGAAAUAUGGCAGGUUAUCCUAGGGAGAGCCAUCAGUGGGAUUGGCGGAGCUGGGUUGAUAACGGUGGGUUCAGUGAUCGUCACCGAUCUCGUCCCGAAGAGAGAAAUUGCAUCAUGGAGAGCAUAUAUCAACAUCGCAAUGACACUUGGCCGCAGCCUUGGAGGACCGGCAGGAGGAUGGCUGACAGAUUCAAUUGGGUGGAGAUGGCUAUUUCUUAUCCAAGCGCCUUUCUUCUGGAUCUCCAUGCUCCUCACCGGACUGAAGCUGAAGUUAACAAUACCUCCAGCCUCAAAACCUACAGAGCACAAUGAUGAUGACGAUAUCAAUGCCAAUAGUAACAACAAUCCCACCAGAUCAAAAUUCAAACGCAUCGACUUCCUCGGCAUGACUUGCCUUGCUCUCUCGACAUCAGCAAUAAUCCUCCUCCUCGACGCCGGAGGCAACAAGUUCCCAUGGACAGCCCCAAUAUCCAUAUCCCUCCUGACAACGGCAAUAAUCUUCUUCAUUGCCUUCAUCCUUGUCGAAGCCUACAUCGCCCCAGAACCCCUCUUCGCCCUCCGUAUCCUCCGCCAACCAAACGUCCUCCCCAGCUACCUCGUCAUGACCCUCCAGGGCAUCGCACAGAUCAGCAUGAUGUACUGCAUCCCGCUCUACUUCCAAGUGACCUCCUCCGCCUCCACUUCCGUCGCAGGCGCCCAUCUUGUCCCCGCUGUCGUGGGGAACGCUCUCGCCGGCCUAGCAACCGGUGCAACCAUCAAGCGCACCGGCCGUUUCAAGGCCCUAGCUGUCAGCGCCGGCCUCGUCGCUUCUGUAACGUACAUCCUCAUUUUCUUCAGUUGGAACGGACACACGUCGUUCUGGGAAUCUCUCUACAUCAUUCCCGGCGGUAUGGGCAUGGGAAUGGCACAGGCUAGUGUCUUCGUUAGCAUGACUUCCAUGCUAGAUGCUAAAUAUAUGGCUAUGGCCACGGGGGGUCUGUUUCUGUUUACUAAUCUCGGUAUCUCCUCCGGUAUCACUGUUAGCAAUGCUGCUCUCGAUGCGGGAUUUAGGAGAGCUCUCGAGAGGGAGUUUACUGGUGAUGGAGCUGACCAGUUCAUCCACAAGGUUACUUCUAAUGUACAUUAUAUCUCUGGCUUGACGGGCCAUGUAAAGGAGGUCGUCGUCUCAUGCUAUGCUGAUGGUCUGAAACGCACCCAUAUCAUCUCCCUUGCCUGCUCUGUCGCUGCGUCUGCCUUUGCAUUGACGAUCCGGAACCAGCAACUGUGACAUAGCUGUCAUGUUUAGAAUAAUUUGCAGUUAAGACAAUUGCUCCUGCUUAAUACAUAUAGAUAUCGUUUCCUGCACUUCCUACGCUUUAGAUACAUUACUUGGAUGAGACAGUAUUCAU